UUCCGCGACGACUCUCCUACAAAUCUGUAACCUCACGACUCCUCAUUGUCCCAUGUUCCUUAGUUCUCUGCCAUUAAACGUUCGUCACUGAGCCUCAAGACAUGGAUGUAUAGUGACUCCAUGACAAGGAUUCGAAACGCCAGUGAAUUACCUCUGUCUCAUAUAUUUUAGGGUUUUAGGGUUUUAGGGAGUGCGUCGCUCGUCGUAAGUUUCGACUUACUUCUCUUCUUUCUUUCUACAUUUCAUACGUUGUUUUUGUUUUUGCAUUUUUCAAGAAUUGUGCUACUGCUCGCCGUCUGUUGACCGGAUUGAAUUCUUCACCCUCGAAUUGAUUAGCAAUCAAUCGUUCGCACUUUUGGUAAACGAUAGUCCUCAAGUCGAAUCCAUCAUAAAGCGCUUUUCUGAAGCUUGCGUCACUCCAACUUGUCGAUUUAAGUCUCGUUCUGAUUCCUGAACCUCAUCCAUACUUCGAAGCUCCUAAAUAUCCACCAGCAGCACAACAAGCGAAAUGGGACAAGCGUUUUCAGGCCCUAACGCCUUCAAGUGGCUGGGAUUCACGCCCAAAGCUACGGCUGUUCUACAAGCAGAUCCUUUUCUCUUCGUCCAAUUGAUUCUAGUGCUGGUUGGAUUGUCCGUGUUGGUUGGUAUUGCUUGGUGGAUUCAUUACGAAACAAACAAACCGUAUGCGAAGCCGAAGGUUAAAAAGGAUGCGAAGAAGUAACCUGGGAAUGAAUGGCCAUUAGGUGUGACGAAUGAUGGACUGAAGAGGCUUUAUGUGACCGGAGAGGCCUUAUAGGUUUCUGCAAACUUGAAAGUGUGGCGAGGAUGUGCCGAAUGGAGCGAGGAAAUUCGAAGCGAUGUGCUGGGCACAGGAUGGAUAUGAUAUCUGAGUUGGGAAUAAUGAGUGGUUUGAUUCGAAUUACAGAAGUUUUGGAUGUUGGUGGAUGGAGAAUAACGCGUGUAUGUUUGGGAUUGACUGGAUGGUGGUAAGAACAUAGAGGUUCUAUCCUGGCGACAUGUGUUUGUUUACAAGAUUUGCUUCGGGAGUGUUUGGGAUUUGUGUCUUGUUUCUGCUUUUUUCACCUCGCUUCUGACAUGUAAUUUGAAAUAAACAAUCACUGCAUUUCUAAAAUUAAUUGACUUUCUAUACUUACG